AGCGACAGCCACUUAUGACGUACGAGUGCUACCGAUCGGGAGAAACGAUCGAACCAGCGAGCGCGGUGAAUUUUGCCAUCUUAUGGGACGGUACCAAGCCCAGGGACAAGCAGGUGCUCUCCACCACGUGGUACGAAACUCGUGGGAAGCUGGACAGCUACGUGACUGGAAGCUUCACGACAGUGUACAAUAACACCAUUGGAGCUGGAUCGCUCACGAGCAGUGAACUCAGAGAAAUCGUGGAGAUUGUACUGCCUCCAUACAACGAGGCCGCUUACUAUAUGAAGCUCACAAUCACGAGUCAAAACAACCGCGUGGUGUACAAGAUCUACGACACCUCCGGAACCUGCUUUAACGCGGCGACGUUGCUCUUCAAGACGUGCUACGACGUUCGAGACAAGUGUUGCAAAUGCCGCAAGUCCUCAUACGGGCGGGAGAUAUCGCUGAGCAAACCUCGUCGUGAGCUAGGCUGCUCAAAACUAAAGUUCACGCGAUAUCCGCAAGCCGAGCCCACUCCAAUGUGCGCCGAGUAUCACUCCUGCACCAAGUACCCGAUGGAUGAACUUGAGCCAAUUGAUCUCAGUUUUUACACGGCAUAAAACUGCUUUCAUCGUUCAGUUCUAGUACUCACAAAUAGAGUUGCGUAAACAUUUACAUUA